AUGGCUGAGACUUUUAAGGAUCAGGUGCUAGGGAAUCAUUUGGUGAAACAAAUCUCGUGGGAUAAAGAAGUGACGGUCGAAGUUGUAGUCGGAAUGGAAACAAAAAUUUUUAAAGCAGAUUUUGUUCUGGUCACAUUUAGCAUUGGAGUACUUCGAGAGCAACUCGAGUCUAUGUUUAACCCUGCCUUGCCUCCACCGUUUCAACAAUUGCUUGGAAAAAUAGAAAUGGCAAACUAUCUUAAGAUCUUUAUGAAGUUUUCUGAGAGGUUUUGGCCACCUCAGUACGACUACAUUUUCUAUGCAAGCAAGGACCCUAAGGACCGAGGUUUGAUAUACUUUUAAUCAGAAAGGCUAAUGUCUAAUGAUAAAAUGUAACUUGUGGUUAGAGCUCGACAACCAUAGGCGGUACGAGACAUGGGGGCAGGAUGGCAACUGUCCCCCCAAAAACUUUGGGAAACCAUAUAUGGCCGAAAUUCCGGCAAGUGAUAGGAAAAAUCAAGAAAUUUCGGGCAGAUUUAACAGAAAGUGUGUUAAGUUCAGGUUAUUUCAUUACAAUAAAAAAAAUCAGGCAAACUUCCAAACGCCUCCCCCCCCUCCAAAAAAAAACCAGCCCCGUACGCCUAUGUCGAUAAUUGGACUGUGUAGCAGCUCAGUUGGUUAGAACACUGCCCGGGACCACAGGUUCUAGAAGGGGGGGGGGGGCCUAUUGUGGCAUUUCCGAAACUGUUCCUGGUUAGGUAUAAAAAUGUAUAAAAUUUACACUCGAGUUUUGCAUCUGCAAAAACCUUCCAAGUUCCAACAAGGGACGCCGGAACUGGGGGGCAGGGGGGGCAGAAGUGCCCUUUUAGUUGUAAAAUAAUACGUGAUAAAUCACAUUUCCAACGAUGCUUUUUGUAGGAAAAUCACGAGAUUCAGGUAAUUUAUAGUUUAUUUUUAUAAAAUUUUUUGGAAAUUUUUGGAAUUUAGAAAAAUAUUUUGAAGAAAUGGCGAAAAUUUAAGAUAUCCGGAAAAAUUUUUGGCUUCACGGAGAAUUUUUGUAUGUCGGGAAACAAUUUUUGACCCCUAAAAUGGUACACUGACCGAAAUUUUUUUGGCGACGGGGGGAGGUCGCCAAAAAAUUUUGCAGUGAAAAAAAAUUUUUCAGUAAAGGUGCCCUUGGUGUGCGUCCGCCCCCCUUUGCCCUAUUAUCGUUCCGGCGUCCCUGGUUCCAACAUUUAGUUCUAUCAAGUGAGAUGCCCCAAACCCUGAUUUUAAUAUUCAGUUAGGUAAUUAUAACACAUUUUUAAUUUUUCUAAAGGUUUUUAUCCAGUUUGGCAAAACUUACCAGGAAGCCAGACCAAUAUCCCUGAAAACGACAAAAUAUUACUGGUGACAGUCACUGGGAAGAAAGCGCAGGAGUUGAGGGAAGAUAGAGAAAGAAUCGCAACCGAAUUGGUGCCUGUUCUCAAAAAGGUUUUCGUCAACUUCAUUAAACCACUUGAAAAAGAACCUGUCCUUGUCGGUAUAGAAUUAAAGAACUGGGAAUUGGAUCCGCUAUUCCGAGGGGCGUAUUCCAAUACUGUAAUCGGCAUCACAAGCCUUCAUUUCAAUACCCUGUUACAGCCUGUUGGUGGAAAGCUGUUUUUCGCUGGAGAAGGUCUAAGUGAGUUGUACUAUGGGUUUUUGCAUGGUGCAUAUCUUACUGGCGAAGAACAAGCGAAGAAGAUUAUCGGUGUUAUACAAUACCAAAAGAGUUUGAAACCGAAAGCAAUACAGAAGAUCGGUUUGAAUUACGCGCUGCGUAAAAGCAUUGGUAAACCAGGAAACGGAACUAAAUACUAG